GCCAACCACCAAACAAAAUAAAUAAAAUUUAGGGAUGGGGAAUAAAUUGCUGCGAAGAGUCGAAACCUUCGUCACUAAGCCUUUCCGCAAACGCCGUCCCCCUCCUCCUCCUCCUCCUCCUCCAUCCCCGCCCCCGCCGCCGCCACCCAUGCCUCCGCCGAAGCCCGAGUUCCCCUUCGUCUUCCCGCGCGUCCAGUCCACGGUCCUCCCCGAUCCUGCUCCCUUCUUCUCACCGAGCCUCCUCUCCGCCCCGCUUCCGACGAACUCCUUCUUCCAGAACUUCGCUCUCAACAAUGGCGACCAGGCCGAGUACAUCCACCCCUACCUCGUCAAGCCCUCCCCGUCCUCUGUCUCCGUCUCGUUCCCUUCUCGCUUCGCCACCUCCGCUUUUCUGUACCAAGUCUUCGUCGCCGACCUCACCAUCUCCGCCGCCGUCUCGGGCGACGACGCCGCGCUCGGCUCGUCGCCUGAGGCGCCACGGCACGUGAUCUCGUCGUACAGCGACCUCGGUGUCACGCUGGACUUCGCGGCUUCGAAGCUGAGGUUUGUCCUCGUCAGAGGGAGCCCCUACUUGACCUGCUUGGUCAACCGCGGGACGGAGGUUGCGAUCUCCACGAUUCACGCGAUCCUCUCGCUCUCUUCGAACAGUAGUCGCACCAAGCAUACUGUGAAGCUCAACAACAAUCAGACUUGGCUUGUUUACACUUCUUCGCCGAUCAGUUUCAGUCAGAGUCUCAGUUCCAUUACUUCCGGAAGGUUUUCGGGGGUUAUUAGGAUUGCUUGUUUGCCCGAUGGUGGGUCGUUAAGCGAGGAGGUUUUGGAUAGGUUCAGUUCUUCCUAUGCUCUAUCUGGUGAUGCAGUGUUGACUAGGCCGUUUUGUUUGGAGUACAAAUGGGAGAAGAAAGGGUGGGGGGAUCUGCUCAUGCUUGCGCACCCGCUACAUGCUCGACUUUUGUCCCGUGAGGGUGUCACUGUGUUGGAGGAUUUUAGGUACAGGAGUAUUGAUGGUGAUCUUGUUGGUGUGGUUGGAGAUUCCUGGGUGUUGAGAUCUGAUCCUGUCUCUGUUACUUGGCAUUCAAUCAGAGGCAUCAAGGAAGAGUCAUACGAUGAAAUUAUUCAUGCCGUUAGUAGGGAUGUCGAGUCCCUUAAUCCAGCUGCAAUAACUACAGCUUCAUCUUAUUUUUAUGGGAAAUUGAUUGCCAGAGCGGCGAGGUUGGCUUUGAUUGCUGAGGAGGUGCGAUAUCCUGAAGUUAUCCCGGCGAUCAGAAAAUAUUUGAAGAGCACAAUAGAGCCAUGGUUGGAUGGGACUUUUGAUCGUAAUGGAUUCUUGUAUGAUGCCAAAUGGGGUGGGAUUGUCACCAAGCUAGGAUCGACCAAUCCUGGUGAAGAUUUUGGCUUUGGGUUGUACAAUGAUCAUCACUAUCAUUUAGGGUACUUUCUUUAUGCAAUUGCUGUCCUCGCCAAGAUUGAUCCUGCAUGGGGAAGGAAGUACAGGCCUCAGGCGUAUUCACUGAUGGCGGAUUUCAUGAACUUGGGGAGAAGAACAAAUUCCAAUUAUCCGCGUCUGAGGUGCUUUGACCUGUAUAAAUUGCACUCCUGGGCUGGUGGAUUGACUGAAUUUGCGGAUGGGCGGAACCAGGAGAGCACGAGUGAGGCUGUGAAUGCUUACUAUUCAGCUGCUUUAAUGGGAUUGGCCUAUGGAGACACCCAUCUUGUUGCCGUCGGGUCGACGCUCGCUGCAAUGGAAAUUCACGCAGCUCAAACAUGGUGGCAUGUUAGAGAAGGUGAUAAUCUAUACGAGGAAGAUUUCACUAGGGAGAACAGGGUGGUGGGUGUUCUGUGGGCUAACAAAAGGGACAGUGGUCUUUGGUUCGCUGGACCAGAGCGAAGAGAUUGUAGGCUUGGAAUUCAGGUUUUGCCUUUGUUGCCUAUCACUGAGGUUUUAUUCUCAGAUAUCCAGUUUGUGAAACAGCUAGUGGAUUGGACAUACCCAGCACUGAACAGGGAGGGAAUUGAAGGAUGGAAAGGGUUUGUGUAUGCCUUGGAAGGGAUCUUUGGCAAAGGUAGUGUGCUGGAAAAAGUGAGGAGCUUGAGCGGCUUUGAUGAUGGGAACUCUCUUUCGAAUCUUCUGUGGUGGAUUCAUAGUAGAGGUGAUGAAGAAGAGACAGGAUGCAGUGAUGGAGGGAAGUACUGUUGGUUUGGUCACUAUUGUCACUGAAAUUGUUCUUUCAGGGACCGAUUAAAUUGCUGGUAGAUGAGAUCUUUUUGCUGUUUAUUUUUUUGGAGCAUUCAUGUACUUAUACGAGAAUCGCUUUGCGUGGUGUAUCUAUUUUCGGAAUAAAAUGAUUCAAUAACUCU